GACAUAUUUUAAUGACGGAACCGUGAAACGCCGUGAACUCACGUGUACAAGAUGAAAAACCCAAAACACAACAACAACAACAACACUGCGUCGAAAAAGGCUAAAUUUAAGCCUGGCUCGAAGAAAAGAGAAAACAAAUGCGUCGUGAUGUUUGACGACAAGGACAGACAGGACUAUCUGACUGGAUUUCAUAAGCGAAAAAUAGAAAGGAGAAAAGCAGCGGUGCAAGAAAUUAAGAAGAAAAUAAAGGAGGAGCAAAGCAGAGUUAGAGAAGAACGUCAUAAGGAAUAUGUGAAGAUGUUGAAGGAGAGGGAAGAAGCUCUCGCGGACGCAGAGGACGAGCUUGAAGAUGCGGUGAUCAGCACCACAGAGUCUGUUCAGUACGACCACCCGAACCACACUGUCACCGUGACAACCAUUAGCGAUCUGGACCUCUCGGGAGCUCACCUGUUCAGACCUGCGACAAGUGAUGCUGAUGAAGAGAGAGAGGAUGACAACAAGGAGGAAGAAGAGAAAAGACUUGCGAUGCCAAAAAAACCGAGGGACUUGAUCAUGAACAAAAAAAUCCGCUCCCUCACGACGGCACUCAGCUCGUGCACCAGCAAGCGGAGGAGGAAAGGGAAGCAGGAAGGCCGAGACAGACGAGGACGCCGGCCAGACAAGAGACCCGGUGUCACGGAGGGUGUACACAGAGGCGGGAGGACCAGCAAGAAACAGAGGCGGAGACAAACGGGGAAGAAGACGGACCAUCUUGACUAAAUGUGUGUGUGUGUUUUUGUAUGGACAUUUUAUGUCAGAAUCAGCCUGAGAGUCUGUGUUUUAAGCAGAUGUUCAGCUGAACUCUCCAUUUUGAAUUCUUACAGUAUUUGCCUCUGGAAAUAUCUUGUAUAUUUUUCAACAAUUUUGAGUUUAUAUAUAUA